GCUAGCAGUAUCAGUAGCGACCCACAGGCACAAGUAGCCAGCCCCCUACUAUGGCACUUCCUGUCGAGCUGAUUGCACGUAUCCUCACUGAAGCUUGGAUCAACUUACCCGCUUCCACUGAAGAGCAUAUCAAAACUUUCAUGAAUUUAUCCCUCGUGUCCAAACAAUGGGCUGCCAUCAUGAAAGAGGUCAACUCAAUGCACUCGCUCAUCCCCUUCUCGUACAACGGAGGACAACUAUACACCAUCAAGUCGCUGUCCUCAAUUUCGAAUCCAAUGCUUUGCCACACUCUAACCUUUCGGGUGAACUAUACGGUCACACCGCAACGUCUUGUAGUUACCGGAUGCGAACCUUCUAUUGUGGUAAAUCAGGGGAUAGAAUCCUUUCUUCGGAAGUUAUUCUGUGGCUCUAACACACCUCGCCACGGAAUUCAUAUCUUUGUUGACUAUUUUGACGAUUCCCGAGUGCAUGUCCCCAGCUUCUGGAUUCCCCCCCAGAUCACACGGCUAACGAUCGUCUACCGCUAUCGUUCUUGGAUAUCUGACUGGAUAGAAGCUCGACGUUUCCGUCUCUGCGAUUGUGAGAGAUCCACCGUCGACCAUGACCAAGUCGAACAUCUCACCAUCUUGGGGGCCACGUCUGAGUUAACAAGAGGACUGAUUACCCCUCUCAACAAAUGGAAAUGUCUGUCUUCAUUGACUAUAGAUUCGUCUGUCCGAGAUAUCGGUAUUCCAGUCUCCUCUCGGAUCUCUGUCAUUAGACGGAGUGACGGUCUACGGUACGAGACUGUGGAGCCUAAUUACGCGUGUCGUGUUAUGUUUGGUGAUCAAUAUCACCGGGCAUAUUGGUUCUACAGGUCAAGCAUUGAUAUUUUUGACAAACGAGAUAUACCAAUGCUUGAACAAGUCAUUCCACUUGGGUCCGUGGGCUACAUCGACCCGCUGACCAGGAAAUUCAUUGUAUUGUUCAAUGCCAUGGAUCCAGGAUCGUUAACGGACGCACGGCUUGACUCGAUCCCUUCUCUUCUUGAGAGUGGCGUGACAAAGUUAAUCGUCAACCCGAAUCAUUCUUCUGGCCGAGUGUGGGACCAUAAACACCCGUAUUUAGAUGUGGCAUCUUUGUUCGGGGCUUUGAACGAAGGGAAAUCAGUGUAUCAUAUCCCAGUCGGACUCGACAGACCAGAAGAGCUCUAUCUUACGCUGGGGCGAGCCUGCCGCAAAGAUCUCAUAGGAACUCAUUUUGAGACCUGGUUAAUCCACCAUAAACAGAAAAUUCUGGAUAUUUUCGGAGAUGAACACCCAUAUAUUCGAAAGCGCAUAGACCUUGUGACAACCACAAUAGAUUCUUCUCAGUAUGCUUGGUUCGCACACCUAGGCUUCAAAUCUCAGAGACGCCGUUACAUGCGGAUACAAACAUUUUACUUUCGGAGAUUCAAAGUGCCAAAAUACAAUCACAUUGAUGACCUCCAUGAUCUAAUCUCUUGGAGUCAUGUCUCCAUCUUAGUCCCUCACUGGGUACUGCUUUUUUGGUGGCGAAAAUGCCUCGCUUCUAAAGGCCACGGAGAUCCGAGGACCAUCGAACAUCCAGUUAUCUAGUUAUAUAUCUAUUUAACAGUUUAUUACUUCCUGUACUCCGCUCUGUGAUGCCUCGCAUGUUUUUAAAUGUCUGGUAUGUGUUGAACAUAAUUACAUUGUUGUCCAAACA